GCCCUUGUCCGCCGGCCGAAAAGCGGCUUAAAGGCGACGCGUGGCGCCAUGGCGGCCUUUCCCGGCGCAUCGUGCGGGCUGCGGUUGCUGCCGCUGCUCCUGUUCCUGCCGCCGCUGGGCGGCCCGCACGGCGCGGACGGCUACUUCCCGGAGGAGCGCUGGAGCCCGGAGUCGCCGCUGCAGGCGCCGCGCGUGCUCAUUGCGCUGCUGGCGCGAAACGCGGCGCCCGCGCUGCCAGCAACCCUGGGCGCCCUGGAGCGGCUGCGCCACCCACGGGAGCGCACGGCCCUGUGGGUCGCCACAGAUCACAACAGUGACAACACUUCAGCCAUUCUUCGAGAAUGGCUGGUGGCCGUGAAGGGUUUGUACCACUCUGUGGAGUGGCGGCCAGCAGAGGAACCCAGCUCCUACCCAGACGAAGAGGGGCCCAAGCACUGGUCUGACUCCCGAUAUGAGCAUGUCAUGAAGUUGCGCCAAGCGGCUCUGAAGUCGGCUCGGGACAUGUGGGCUGACUACAUCCUGUUUGUGGACAGCGACAACCUAAUCACCAACCCUGAUACCCUGAGCCUGCUCAUCGCUGAGAACAAGACGGUGGUGGCCCCCAUGCUGGACUCGCGCGCAGCAUACUCCAACUUCUGGUGUGGGAUGACUUCCCAGGGCUACUACAAGCGCACUCCUGCCUACAUCCCCAUCCGAAAACGAGAACGCAGGGGCUGCUUUGCGGUUCCCAUGGUGCACUCCACCUUCCUCAUCGAUCUGCGUAAGGCUGCCUCCAGGAACCUGGCCUUCUACCCGCCACACCCGGACUACACCUGGUCUUUUGACGACAUCAUUGUCUUUGCCUUCUCCUGCAAGCAGGCAGAGGUGCAGAUGUAUGUGUGCAAUAAGGAGGUGUAUGGCUUCCUGCCCGUGCCAUUGCGUGCUCACAGCACCCUGCAGGAUGAGGCAGAGAGCUUCAUGCACGUGCAGCUGGAGGUCAUGGUAAAGCAUCCACCAGUGCAGCUAUCCCAGUUCAUCUCAGCACCCAGCAAGACCGCAGACAAGAUGGGUUUUGACGAGGUCUUCAUGAUCAACCUGAAGCGGAGGCGGGACCGGAGAGAGCGCAUGCUGCGGGCGCUGCAUGAGCAGGAGAUCGACUGCCAGCUGGUGGAGGCCGUGGACGGCAAAGCCAUGAACACCAGCCAGGUGGAGGCCCUGGGCAUCCAGAUGCUGCCUGGCUACCGGGACCCCUACCAUGGACGACCACUCACCAAAGGAGAGCUGGGCUGCUUCCUCAGCCACUACAACAUCUGGAAGGAGGUGGUAGACCGGGGACUACAGAAAGCACUCGUGUUUGAGGAUGAUCUGCGUUUUGAGAUCUUCUUCAAGCGACGUCUGAUGAACCUCAUGCGGGAUGUGGAACGUGAGGGACUGGACUGGGACCUCAUUUACGUGGGCCGAAAGCGCAUGCAGGUGGAGCACCCCGAAAAGGCUGUGCCUCGUGUGAGGAACCUGGUGGAGGCUGAUUAUUCCUACUGGACGCUAGCCUAUGUGAUCUCCCUUCAAGGCGCUCGCAAGUUGCUCGGCGCCAAGCCACUGGCCAAGAUGCUGCCUGUUGACGAGUUCCUGCCUGUCAUGUUUGACAAGCACCCAGUGUCAGAGUACAAGAGCCACUUCUCGCCCCGGAACCUGCGCGCCUUCUCCGUGGAGCCCCUCCUUAUCUACCCUACACACUACACAGGCGAUGACGGCUACGUGAGUGACACAGAGACCUCAGUUGUGUGGAAUAAUGAGCAGGUUAAGACUGACUGGGACCGAGCCAAGUCCCAGAAGAUGCGGGAACAGCAGGCACUGAGCCAUGAGGCCAAGAACUCCGAUGUGCUCCAGUCCCCUCUGGACAGUGCUGCUCGUGAUGAGCUCUGAGGCAGCUGGCCAAAGGCCAAAGUCGCUGCCAGGGGUCUAAACUUCAUGUGCUUGCCUGGGACUGUAGGGCCACCGAGGCAAAUCACAGAGGCCUCUAUGAGCUGGGUGGUCCCAUGUCUUGUUCAGCAGCUACUUGCACACAGGUUUAUGGAGUGCUUACUGUAUGCCAGGAACAGGGCUGGGCACUGGGCGAUUGGGCAGGAACAAGCCCAGUCUCUUGUGUCCACCAUGAAGCAAGGUGAAAGAGGCAUAAUGAUUUCCCUAUCAUCAGGUGUUUGUUGAUCAGACUGAGUCAGGUACUGGGGACAUAUGCUCAUUUUUAAAUCCAUUUGAGUCUUUAUGGAGGACACACUGUGUCUUGGGCACCAUUCUUAGCUCUGGGAAUGCUGAAAUAAGAAAAAUUUCAACAUACCCAGCACCUGCUAUGUGCAAGAUCUCAGGAAACACUGAUGACUUGAGUGCCUCCUGGGUGUCACUCGCUGGCUGGGUGGGUCCCAGUGGUGCUCAUCCCUCUAGUGGGUAGAUGUGCUUACAGGGGAAUCGGCAUUGUGCACCCUGUGUGCUGGGCUGCGUGCUGAGUGUGAGGACAGCGGGUGAGCAAAAUUGGUUUCUUUGUGUAACGAGCAUUUAUUGGGUACCUGGAGUGUGUCAGGCCUCACACUCCCAGCUGGCUUGAGGAGUGGCCACCCUGAAUUGCCUGCGGAAGGACAACACCCUCCUGCACCCAGAAGCGAGAGUCACUGGCCUUCCACUGGACCGCUAGGUUUCAGGGUACUCAUGGCCUUGCAAGCCCCUGGAGGGGUGCAAAUGAGGCUUCUCCCUGCCCCUGUGUCUCAGGCGUCCCCCUGCCUGCUCAUGUGUUAGGGACCUUUAGCGGCCCAGCUGCACUGAGCUGCUCCUCUUGGCCUGGGCAGCUGUUUCCCAGCAGGGCCAGGGGGCCACUGUGCCUUUAAAGCCAAAUCGAAUGUCAACGGCCAGCAGGUGCCAUCUCCCGGGAGAUGACUGCUUGCCCGCUCAGGUCUUGAUAACUUGCUCCUGUUUGUAUUAAAUGCUCCUGGUUGGUUUUCACCCAA